AUGAAUGAAAUGGAAAAUGUGAGGAUGGCAGACGAGUUCUUUGGAGAUGAGCUCCUGGGAACAAUAUACGAAGAAACGGAAGUUUACAUGGAGAAAAAUCCAAGUAAUUUUAAGACGAUCAACGGUAAAAGUAUAACAAUAAAUGAAAUAGAAGAACCUGUAUCAAAUAAAGUGUAUAAAAACCUGGAAAAUGCAGUUAAAAAGCUUGGUAAAUACCCGCUGAAAUCAAAAUUGGAGGAUUCCUUGAGGAAUCUCACUGAGUACAUCAAUUCAUACGGAUAUAGGCCCGAAAAUGUUAAUUAUUGUGACAAAUCACUGAAAAAAUCAAUAGAUGUGCUUCUAAUCCCAUUAAUGAGACUAAUAGUUGACACUGGACGUUAUGUGACGACAUCUUCGUGUUCUGGAAGAAUAGUAUUCUUUGAAAAGGACAGUAACUUUCAGACCAAGAAUAAUCCAAUAUACGGAAGGUCAGGGAGGAUAUUAUACAGCUCCCAUACACACAUCGUAAGUGAAUCUCUGAGUAAAAUUAAGGAAUCCAUAGAGUCAAACCCGAAAAAUAAGUUCAAUUGCUAUAAAUUGGAGCAAGAUACGGAUGAGGAGGAGACUAAGGAUGAUUCCGGCCCAGCAUCCUCAGAAGAUAAGCCAGAACAGAUCGAAAACCAGGUCAUACUUAAGUUUGAGCCAUUCUUGAUACACGUAGAUUGUAACACACUAGAAGAUGCGAUUUGCUUACUAAACAUAUGUAGGAGUGUGGGCUUGAAACAGUCUGGAUUAAGUUCGUCUAAGAAAAAGUAUAUACUAGCAAUAAGAGGAAAUAAUAUUCUGGAGGCGCCGAUAAUGUAUAAAAGUUAUAAAGUAGAGAAAGAUAAGCCAAUUCUGCUGAAAAAUCAAUAUCUAAUUUCAUACGAGUAUUUAAUACACUUAAUAAACACAUGUAACGUUAAAAUGAGUCAAAACUUUAAGCAGUUUUUAUCCCUGUACCAUAAAUUAGUAAGGAUUUUUAAAAACGAUCAAAUUGUAGUCUCACAACACAGUCAACCGAUUGAAAAUUACCUCACGGUUGAAAAUAAUCAUCUUGAAAAUGAUAAUUUAUUCGGAAAUAAUCAUCUUGACAAUAUAUUUGGAAAUAAUCAUCUUGACAAGAAUGUAGUUGAAAAUAUGUCUAAGAUUUCGAAAAAGGAUGAAUACAUUGAUAUGAUGAAGUGUAUGGAAUUGGUUGGAAGAGAUUUGUUGUUUGGGUUGGAGGGUGACAAACGAGUAGAUAUAAUGUCAUUUCACGGAGAAUGUAAUCAGCUGCUGAGAACGCACUGCUGUAUGGCAUCAUCUAAAGAUUACGUUCUGGUGUUUGGAGGAUACCAAAAGUCUAAAUCUAAAACCAUUUGUGUGUGUGAUUUGAACAAAGUGGACCAAGGUUUCAAAGUGUUUGAAAUAAAUCAUGGUCCUGAAGCCUUACUAGACUCCACUAUACUCUCAGACGGAACAGUAUUUAUCACGUUUGGAGGACGAAUUAGCGGAGAUAAAGCCUCAAAUGAUGUUUAUAUGCUUUAUAUAUAUAAUCAGGGAGAUACACAAAUAAAGUGGUCUAAAUGUCAGUUGAUGGGAGAGAAAAUACCAGUAGCAAGAUUUAGGCAUUCAGUAUGUCUAGAAAAAAGUGAUGAACGGGGAUCGGAUGGUGAUUUAGAAUAUUAUGAUAGUUCUAGUAAUAUAUUCAGAUUCUAUAUGAGUGGAGGAGCUUCUUCGUGUAGCCCACUAGAUGAUAAUAUUCUAGGAGAUAUCUGGAGAUGCACAGUUGAGUAUAAAAUUCAGGAAAAUAACAUAAUAAAUCCCACAGUACAAUGGGAUUGUCUAUACGAAGAUAAAUCGUUAGGUUGGUUUAGUGGCUCCAUGGCACAUAGUCCGUCUGAUAAUUGUCUGUAUUUGAUUGGAGGAUGUAAGAACUUGGAUGAAUUUUUAAAGCCUGGAUUAAAGAGAAUGGAUCAAUUAGUGGCAUUCAAUUUACAGAAUAAAACUGUAAGGAACCAAAAUUUACUCUUGAAAAAUGAAAAUAGAGAAUUCCCACCACUUACAAUGUCACAUUCCCUAGUUCCACUGGAAAAUGACGAUUAUUAUAUCGUAGGCGGGUUUGGAUCCUUGGCAUUUCUGGAUGAGAUAUGGUACCUAAACCUAAGUGAAAAGUCCAUAAAAAAGGCGUUGAUGCUCCCAAAAGGAACCAGAGCACGAAUGGGAGCAUCAGUUAUAUCCUUUAAAUACGGAAAUUGCAAUCACGAGGAACUGUGGAUAAUUGGUGGAGGAGUGCCAUCAGUACUCAAUUUUGGGUCUUUUUACGACAAACCCCUGAUAAUUGUACUGAAUUGCGAUGGUUUAUGUGAGGAAAAUUCAGAAAACACAGAGACAAACAACUUUACAACUGGCGACGUCGACAAAUAUAAAAUUUUAGGCUUAUAUGUGGUUGUAGAGGAUAAAAAUUUGGUCAAGAACUUGAAGAAUAAACUUGAGCUUUUAAAUUUGUUUGAUAAGAGUAGGAAAAUCUUUCAAUUUAACGAAUCAGACUAUUUGUAUCAUAGCGUAGCCUGUGACAAGGUUGAAGAUUUUACAGAAUGUUCCGAAUGCAAACGUGAAGCUUUGUGUGUUUGCUGUAAAAUCUGUUCAAAUUGCUGCUAUUCCACGACUGAUUCUAUCUUUUUCUUGCCAAUUAAAGCAAUUGAGAACUACCCAGAACUAAACCCUCUAAAAAAGUACAAAGUCUAUUCAUGCUCUGAUUUACCAGUAAGAAUUAAACAGAACCCAAGAGAUAAAUUACUAGCCAUGUUUAAAGAUAAGGAACUUGAAACUAUUGUAAGAAAUGUGGAGGUUUUUGGAGAUAAUUUGUUGAUAACGCCUGUGCGGGGUUUGGAUUUCCCAGAAAUUGAUUGGGAGUCAGUUUCAAAGGAAUUUAAAGUGUCCUCAGUGGCACUGGUAGGAGAAAUAGAAGGAGAAGAGAGACAUAGGCAAGUGGAACUUUUAUAUGGAAAUGGCGAUGCUUCAAUACGAGAAAACGGAGUAACAUACAUUUUCAAUAUUAAAACAAACAUGUUCUCGAAAGGAAAUUCAUCAGAAAGGAUAAGAAUACAAAAAAUGUAUUUUUCCGAUUAUAGGCACCAUAGGAGAGUACGAGAAUACAAAUUCUCAGAUGAGCUAACACCUUACUACUUCUUAGCCUCAAAUAACUAUCAUCCAAAGUUGAAACCAAUUCACCAUUAUGAACUUAAGGACUUAUCCAAAUACCAAUUGGAAGGUGAAAUUAUGGUUGAUUUCUUCUGCGGAAUUGGUUAUUUCACAAUUCCAAUACUGAAGUAUACUGACGAGAAGAGAUUAUCAAGGGUGUUAUGUGUAGAUGUGAAUGAAACAGCAAUUAAGUAUCUGAUGGAAAACGCAAAAGCUAACAAAAUCGACCUGUCAAGAAUAGAAGUAAAGGUUGGCAACUGCGGAAUGUUUGGAAAAUCUUACGGAUUUGAUUACGUUGGGGAGGCGGAUAAAAUUCUACUGGGUCUUUUACCGAGUUCGAGAGUGGGUUGGAUUCCGGCAAUAGCGGCAGUUAACACUAUGCACGGAGGGAUUGUAUAUGUACACGGACUAUCUAGGAAGAAGAAGGGGCCGAUUAUUGAAUCUAUUACAACUCUUGAGGACUGGGAAGAGGUUGGAGAAUUCUGUUACACAACCAAACAGUAUGAAGAAGAUAAAAAACACGAUUGCGACUGUGAAGUAUUCAGCUUGUACGUACUGAGGAGCUUCCACGAGCUUUGUAGAAAUCACCCAUACGAGAGAUACAUCUCCUGGAAACUCACUGUGCUGCACGUGGAAACCGUUAAACGGUACUCACCUCACAAGUACCACCAAGUUGUAGAUUUAAAAAUAACGCCAGUGCCCUCAUAA